UUGUAACAAAUUAGCAUGCUUAAAAGUUUGGUUCAAUUCGGAUUGCAUAUUUAGUCCAAAUUGAUCCCGGAAAAGAUGUUAUCAAAAUAUAAAAUAAAAUAAAUGGUUUUUUAUGAUUGAUAAUUUGAUAUAGUAAUGAUAACUAAAAAAGGAAUACUUUUGUUGGUUUGAUUUGGUACUUAGGUAAAUUAUAAAAUAACAAAUAAACGAAUGGAAAAUUUUGAAUUGAGCGAGUCAGUUUACUCAUUUUAGCCAUUCUGACUUAUUCAUCUUGACUCAAGCAAACAUUAGCUAAGUUAUGACUCAACCUCUUUUAACAAGUUCAUCUUAACUCAAUAAAACAUAUUAAUCAGGCUGUGAUUGAAUCUGCUAUUAAUUUGACUCGUCUAACCUGUCCGAUAGGCCAGAGAAAAUCCAUUAAUGGAUGCUAAGCUUUCAGAUGUAUGCAUCAGUUCAUCUGCUGCUCCAACAUAUCUUCCUGCACAUCAUUUCCAGACCCAAGACAAAGAUGAAAACUUUCACGAGUUCAAUCUUGUUGAUGGUGGAGUCGCAGCUAACAAUCCAGCCCUUGUUGCUACAAAUCAAGUGACCAAACAAAUAAUGACUGGAAAUCCAGAUUUUUUCCCAAUCAAACCCACUGAUUGUGGAAGAUUUUUGGUGAUCUCUAUAGGCACUGGCUCAGCAAAAGUGGAACAAAAAUAUAAUGCUAAAAUUGCAUCCAAAUGGGGUAUCUUGGGAUGGCUCCUUAAUGGAGGUUCAAAUCCAAUUAUGGAUGUUUUUAGUUAUGCCAGUGGUGAUAUGGUUGAUUUGCAUAUUUCAGUUGUUUUCCAAGCUCUUUAUUCUGAGGAGAAUUAUCUACGUAUUCAGGAUGACACGUUAAGUGGAACAGACACCUCUGUUGACAUAACAACUGAAGAGAACAUGGCCAAAUUGGUUGAAAGAGGAGAAACUUUAUUGAAAAAAACAGUUUCAAGGGUAAAUCUGAAGACAGGUCUACUUGAAGAAUGUAAAAAUGCUGGCACAAAUGGAGAAACUUUGAAAUGGUUUGCAAAGUUGCUUUCUGAAGAAAAAAGAUUCAGGCACUCCAAAUCACCUGCUGCAAACAAUUUGUAG